AAUAGAUAAAUAAAUGAAGGAUCCCGUACAUUUUUUUUUGCUAAAAAAAUAAUAAUUAAUCAUCAAAACCAAUGUUAUUAGAUUAUUGUACCUAUUCAGGCUCAAAUCAUAUAGGGCUUUCUUUUACAAAACGUGCAUAAAACAUAAAAAAAUAAAAUAAAUGCUAAUUUUAUAUGGACACUUUGAUCUGAAGUUGAUCUAGAGCACAGGUGUCAAACUCAAGGCCCAGGGGCCAGUUCUGGCCCACCACGUUGUUUUAUGUGGCCCGCAAAAACCUGGAGGUAAAUUGCACUAUUAAAGCACUUCAUCUUUUCUUACUAAAUGUAUUCGUUCUUUCAAUUUAGAUAGAAAAAUUGCAUGCGAUGCAUGCAAUUGUAUGUUUUUUAAACUUGAGAACAAUCUGAACAUGCAAAAACAUCUUGUAUAAAAGGCAUAUUGUUGGAUAAAACAAUAAUAGUAAAAUUGUAAACAAAAAAAAAAGCAAAAAUAUGUAAUGUAAUGCAAAAAACUGUAAUAAUAGCAAUAAAUAAAAAAUAAAAUAAAACAAUAAAAAAAAAAACUUAAGAAGUAUUUAAGAUGACUAAAAAGGUGUCUUUUACCUUUAAAAAAAAAACUUUCCUUGCAAAGCUCAUUGUCCCUGCAAUGACUCGGUGUGUCCUGCUAGGGGGCAGCGUUGAGCCAACGAGAGUCUGCAGAGAGCAGGCGAUCUUGCCUCCAAUUGUCUCAGCCCAACGUCAUGGAAAUAGUUACUUUGUGUCGAGGCUCGGAGGAGGAAGGCUGCACAAACAAUACCGGCUCGCCUAACGGCAUGGUGCGGAGCGGGAGACGGUUGUUUUUUGUUUUUUUUUGGUUAGCGGUGCACGUGUUUUGAAAAGCACCGAGCGAAGAUGCACAGGAAACCUGCUUUGUGAGGAAGUUUGGGUAGUCUGAACUCUGAAGGAAGGAAGGAGCUGCAUUCUCACCAUGCAGACGGAUACCACCAACACUUGGGAUUAUUCGCACCCAGGACAAUUUCCAGGAUCUGUAAUGUGACCAAAGUGUGAGGAUUGGCUGCACAGGUUUAUCCCAAACCCCUCCUACAUCUGUAAAACCAGUUUUAAAACUGUCUUGGAACUGAUUGAAAUCUAGUGUUUAUUUACUGCAUGCAUUUUUUUUGCAUCAAUGGGCUAGGAGUCUCUUUAGAUGUGUUUUGAGCACACCCCCAAGUCCAACCUGAAGCAUUGAACUCUUCCAGACUGAUGAUGCAGCUGCACACCUGAUCCAUGUAACGUGAGAUGAGUUGAAAUAUGAACUUCUAGAUGUUUCCGACACAGCUGCUAGGAUAUAUUUGUUUUUGUUGUUUCGUCUGAACCGGGGGAGUCGAGAUGUCGGCCAAAGCCAAAGCCAAAGCCCUCUACACAUUCCAAAGUGAAAACAAAGAGGAGAUCAGCAUCCAGGAGAACGAGGAACUGGUCAUCUUCGACGAGAACUCGGUGGACGGUUGGUUCCAGGGCGAGAACAGCCGAGGGGAGCGGGGUCUCUUCCCGGCGUCGUACGUGGAAAUCAUCCGCACGCGCUCCAACUCCAACGUGACGGAUUGUUCCAUCAGCCCGGCGGGUUCCUUGGGGAACGACUCCUACUACCUGCCGUCCACACCCAACGCCGCCCAGCAGAGUUUCUACGACGAUGACGACGACGACUGGGACGACUGGGACGACCGUUCCACGGUGGUGGACGAUGCCGAUCACCCCCGGGGCCCCGGCGCCAAUGGCCACCCCAACCAGAGCCCGCUGUCCAACAACCCCAACGUGCACUACCGCGCCAAGCCGCCCAUGGAGAGGCAAGACAGCAUCUCCAGCGCCAGGAAGGGCAGCAUGGUCGGCCGCAACUUGAACCGCUUCUCCAGCUUUGUGCGCUCCGGCGUGGAGGCCUUCGUGCUCGGGGACGUGCCCAUGAUGGCCAAGAUCGCAGAGGCCUACACCAUCGAGAUGGCGCCCCCUGGACCCUGCUGGAAGGACAGCCCUCAGCCUUUCACCUGCUCCAUCGAAGACCCCACGAAGCAGACCAAGUUUAAGGGCAUCAAGACGUACAUUUCUUACCGAGUGACGCCGAGCCACACCGGACACCCCGUGUACCGGCGCUACAAGCACUUUGACUGGCUCUACAACCGCCUGCUGCACAAGUUCACCGUCAUCUCCGUGCCUCAUCUGCCGGAGAAGCAAGCCACGGGGCGAUUCGAGGAGGACUUUAUCGAGAAGCGCAAGAGGCGGCUGAUCCUGUGGAUGAACCACAUGACCAGCCACCCGGUCCUCUCCCAGUACGAAGGCUUCGAGCACUUCCUCAUGUGCGCCGACGACAAGCAAUGGAAGCUGGGAAAGAGGCGGGCGGAGAAGGACGAGAUGGUGGGAGCGCACUUCAUGCUCACCCUGCAGAUCCCCAACGAGCACCAGGACCUGCAGGACGUGGAGGAGCGGGUGGACACCUUCAAGGCCUUCACCAAGAAGAUGGACGACAGCGUCAUGCAGCUAACUCACGUCACCUCGGAGCUGGUCCGCAAGCACCUGGGCGGCUUCAGGAAAGAGUUCCAGCGGCUCGGCAACGCCUUCCAGUCCAUCAGCCAGUCCUUCACGCUGGACCCGCCGCACAGCUCCGAGGCCCUCAACAACGCCAUCUCCCACACGGGGCGCACAUACGAGAACAUCGGGGAGCUGUUCGCCGAGCAGCCGAAGUUCGACCUCUUCCACAUGCUGGACACGCUGUCGCUUUACCAAGGCCUGCUCGCCAACUUCCCCGACAUUAUUCAUCUACAGAAAGGUGCCUUCGCCAAGGUGAAGGAGAGCCAGCGCAUGACGGACGAGGGCAAGAUGGACCAGGACGAGGCGGACGGCAUCCGUAAGCGCUGCCGGACGGUGGGCUUCGCGCUGCAGGCGGAGAUGAGCCACUUCCACAGGCAGCGCGAGGUGGACUUUAAAGACAUGAUGCAGGCGUACCUCAGGGAGCAGAUCGCCUUCUACCAGCGCGUGGUGCAGCAACUGGAGCGCUCGCUGCGCAUGUACGAAUGUCUCUAAGGAGGAUUUGGUAGGGCGUACUGGCAGUAUGCGUCAUAAUUUAAAGUAUUACCGUGUCAAGGUACAGGUUUUCAAUACUUCCCUUGUUCCCGUUGUGGACCCCCAUUCAAUCCCCUUUGAAUGCACUUUGACAACCAUAUUGACUUCAACAAUACCCAAAUAUGGUCAACUCUUUCCUGUUUGUCAGACUCCGCCCCCUUACGUGGACCACCUACUGAUCACACCGUCACGUUGUUGCCGAUGUGCCUUCAUGUCGCGCUUUCCACCAGGCGGUCCGGUUCAACUCGGUACGCUUUGGCACCCUUACCGACUUCUGACGAUGUCUGUGUGUGGUAUCCCGAUGCAUCACUGACCAGUUUUCUUGGCACUUUAUUUUGGUAACUCGCCCAACAGAAAAAAACUUUUCCUCAACUUGGUGCCUUAUCACUGUGCCGUGUACCCCCAAUGGAAGGGUGCCAAAACCUGACUCAUCUCGUACCCGUUUUUUUGGGGUUUUUUUUGGUCCCACCGACUCACCUGAAUUGUUCCAAAAAGUGGUGGUAGACAAACUAUUUUAGUAUUCUCCACAAUUUAUGAUGGAAACACAAACAUUUUAGUACCCUACUGUAUGUUUGUGUUUGGUGCCCCAAUGGAAGGGUACCAAAAACUGAUAAAUCAC